CGUUGUCAUGGGGACGGCGCGUGCGCCUGCGCCUGCGCGGCGGAAGGCGGGGGCAGCGUUGACGCGCUGGGCGGGCCGGGAGGUUCGCUAGUCUGUGCCGGAGCGAGCGGGCGAGCGAGUUCCUGGAGCAGCGUUGUCCUCGGUGCAGAAAAAAACCUGAAAAAUGUCUCUUUACCCAUCUCUUGAAGAUUUGAAGGUAGACAAAGUGAUUCAGGCGCAGAAUGCCUACUCUGCUGGCCCUGCCACCCAGGCAGUUCUGGUGGAUGUUUCUGCUUCUUUCCCUCCAGAUGGAAAUCUCUACCCUAAACUGUAUCCAGAGCUUUCUCAGUACAUGGGACUGACUUUAAAUGAAGAAGAAAUAUGUACAAAUAUGCCUAUGGUCUCUGGAGCACCAACCCAAGGGCAGUUGGUAGCAAGACCAUCCAGCAUGAACUAUAUGGUAGCACCUGUGACAGGUAACGAUGCUGGAAUUCGGAGAGCAGAAAUAAAGCAAGGGAUUCGUGAAGUCAUUUUGUGCAAGGAUCAAGAUGGAAAAAUUGGGCUCAGACUUAAGUCAAUAGAUAAUGGUAUAUUUGUUCAGCUAGUCCAGGCUAAUUCCCCAGCCUCCUUGGUUGGACUGAGAUUUGGGGACCAGGUACUGCAGAUCAACGGUGACAACUGUGCGGGAUGGAGCUCUGAUAAGGCUCACAAGGUGCUCAAGCAGGCAUUUGGAGAGAAGAUCACCAUGACCAUUCGUGACAGGCCCUUUGAGCGGACAAUCACUAUGCAUAAGGACAGCAGCGGGCAUGUUGGCUUUAUCUUUAAGAGUGGAAAAAUUACAUCCAUAGUGAAAGACAGUUCUGCUGCCAGAAAUGGCCUCCUCACCGAUCAUCACAUCUGUGAGAUCAACGGGCAGAACGUCAUUGGCUUGAAGGACUCUCAGAUUGCAGACAUACUCUCGACAGCUGGGACUGUAGUUACCAUUACAAUCAUGCCUGCUUUUAUCUUUGAACAUAUUAUUAAACGGAUGGCACCAAGCAUUAUGAAAAGCCUGAUGGAUCACACCAUCCCCGAAGUUUAAUAACCCUGUACAACACAUCACAGCUGAAUGUUUCUAGUUUUCUUCUUCGGCAACUUCUAGAUUUUGCAUAUGAAGCUUUCCCGAAGCCAGGGAGAAUAUGCUGCAUGGGGACCUGUCUAUCUUCCAUCAUGGCUGGGAACCUCACGCUAUCUGACGUCUUCUUCAGAGUUAAGAUAGGUGUAGCCUUAUCCUGGUUUUACAGAUGUGAAACUUCCUGACUUUCCUAGAAUCGUUUCUUUACUGGAAACCUGAUGUUUUUAUAAGCCAUUGUGGUUAGGAUGACUGGUGUAGACUUAGCUGUGGGAACUGCUCACCUUUGUCCUAGAUAAAGCACAGUGCUAGUCGUGUGCUUCAGUUCUGUGGCACACUUGGACUUUAGAACAUCAGCAUAUAGUACAUUGAGGAUGACUGCCUUUGAUCGUUACUUUUUUUCUCUGUAUGAGUGUGUAAAAUUCCAGUUAAUCAACACUGGUUUCAUUCCACAAAAGCAUUAUACAGUGUGUGUAGUUUGCAAAAGACUUUAUGAUUGUCACUAAAUUUUAACUACCUUCAUUUAAUGUGCUUCAACUGCCGCCUUAACUACAGUAAGCAUUUAGAAUAAAAGCCAAAAUAGAAUUCUUGCUGCCUUCUGAGACCUGAGAUGUUAGCUCUCUAUUAAGCUGGUAUAUGCCAGCCCCGAGCAGCUUACGGCAAAGCGGAGCUGCUUAGUUGUGGAAGAUUUCUCUAGUCGCUGCGUAAAGGAAACGCCUACAAGUUGCCGUAUUGCUUUCUGAAAAACAAAUCGCUAUAUAUUUCACGUAAAAGUUAUAUAAACAGAACAAAUUUUGGAGUCUCCUUUUCACUUGUGGAUUAAGUGGGCAAUACUUAGUUUGGCAUUUGAAUCCUAACAUUAUGUAACUUAGCUACUUUGGGUAGUCUUAGACUGCUUCCUUAAGCCAUUUUAAUUUGUUCUGUCUUCUGACUCCGUCCUCUAAACAGAAAUGGCAAUGACACUUUAUCUUGAUUUUUUUCUCUUUGGUUUUUGCCUAUCCUAGUAUUUUAUCUGAUUAUUAUCCUAUUAAAUGUAUAAGAAUGGCAA